CAGGACUUUUCCUUCGGCUACUGAUUCAGUCAUGUCAAAGUCAAAGGACACGGGCUCCUCAGUCCUCCACGGCCAGCAGCUCCAAGCUGCCAUGGCUGACACCUUCAUUGAGCACAUGUGCCUGCUGGACGUCACCUCUGAACCUGCUGUGUCUCGCAACACAGGCAUCGUCUGCACAAUUGGACCUGCCUCCCGCUCAGUGGAGCUAGCCAAGGAAAUGAUCAAGGCUGGGAUGAACAUUGCACGAAUGAAUUUCUCUCAUGGCACACAUGAAUACCAUAGUGAGACCAUCAGCAAUGUCCGUCAAGCAACUGAAAGCUUUGGGCCAGGCUCUCUUGAAUACAGACCAGUGGCUAUCGCUCUGGACACCAAGGGACCAGAAAUCAGAACUGGGCUUAUCAAGGGCAGUGGCACGGCUGAGGUUACGCUGAAGAAGGGUGAAACUAUUAAGCUCACAUUGGACGACCGGUAUCAGGACAACUGCGAUGACAAAAUUUUGUGGCUUGACUAUAAAAACAUCACAAAGGUUUUGCAGGUUGGAAGCCACGUGUUUGUUGAUGAUGGUCUUAUAUCUCUUCUGGUUAAAGAAAUUGGAAAUGACUACCUGAUGUGUGAGAUUGAAAAUGGUGGCGUGCUGGGCAGCAAGAAGGGUGUCAACCUGCCUGGAGCUGCUGUGGACCUGCCUGCUGUGUCAGAGAAAGACAUUCAGGACCUGCAGUUUGGUGUGGAGCAGGGUGUUGACAUGGUCUUUGCCUCCUUCAUCCGUAAGGCUGCUGACGUUCAUGCUGUCAGGAAGGUUCUAGGUGAGAAGGGCAAAGACAUCUUAAUUAUCAGCAAGCUGGAAAACCAAGAGGGUGUCCAGAGAUUUGAUGAGAUCUUGGAGGCUAGUGAUGGCAUCAUGGUUGCCCGCGGUGAUCUGGGCAUUGAAAUCCCCACAGAAAAGGUUUUUCUUGCUCAGAAGAUGAUGACUGGUCGGUGCAACAGGGUUGGAAAGCCCAUCAUUUGUGCCACACAGAUGCUGGAGAGUAUGACCAAGAAGCCACGCCCUACUCGUGCCGAGGCCAGCGACGUGGCCAACGCUGUGCUGGACGGCAAUGACUGUGUCAUGCUGAGUGGUGAGACUGCCAAGGGAGACUACCCCCUGGAGGCAGUGCGCACACAUCACAUGAUAUCUCGUGAAGCUGAGGCAGCGAUGUUCCACAGGCAGAUGUUUGAGGAGUUACGUCGCACCACUCAUCUGACACGUGACCCCACGGAGACUGUUGCUAUCGGUACCGUGGAGGCUUCCUUCAAGUGUUGCGCCAGUGCCAUCAUUGUGCUCACCAAGACUGGCAGGUCUGCUUACAUGCUAUCGAAAUACAAACCACGUUCUAUUAUCCUGGCUAUAACGCGCUGUGGACGGACUGCCCGCCAGGCCCACCUGUAUCGCGGCGUCUACCCUGUCCUUUACACUAAGCCUGCAAGCGAUGUCUGGGCUGAGGAUGUUGAUCUACGUGUCAACUUCGCCAUGGAAGUUGGCAAGCACCGCAAGUUCUUCAAGAGCGGUGACGUGGCCAUUGUUGUGACCGGCUGGCGUCCAGGAUCCGGAUACACCAACACCAUGAGAGUUGUGCUUGUGCCUUGAACCUCAUGAGAGGCCAUUAGUAGCUUUUUGAAAACACACUCCACGCCACCCGACCCCAAACAGAAACCAAACUAACACAA